UCUCAGGACCCCGGUCGCUCGGAGGCGCUGUCGGAUGACUUCUGCGGCGCCGUUUCCAUGGAGCUGGUUGCCCUGGUGACGCGUCCUCUACCCUCCUUCUCCUCUUUCUAAGAACGGAGAGUUCGGGAUAACGGGGCCAUCAUGGAGUCGGACUCCACAGUGAAUGAGAACCUGCGGGUGCAGUUCAGGGCUCUACAGGAGCAGCAGCAGAAGCGUCUGCAGAGACUGAUGGAGCGAAAGAGAGAGAAGAUCAGCGAGGACGUCAGGAAGGCCGAAGCGUUUGGUGUUCAGGACCAGCUGAACCUGCUGCAGACGGACACUGAGUCCUCCAGUGAGCUGGGGAAAAGGCUCCUGGAAGAUGAGAACGAGCAGCUGCAGAGUCAGAUCCGGGAGCUGCAGGAUGAGAACGGGCGACUACACAAACUCCUCAAGGAGAAAGAGUUCGAGAUUAAACAUCUAAGAAGGAAAGUAGAAGACAACAAGAUGGCGCUGGCAGGGACGGUGGGCCUGGCUGGAGAUGUUGCUGCCACAAAAAUUGUAGAAUUGUCCAAAAAGAAUCGGGAGCUGACCGCCGAAAUGGAGAGUGAGAAGAGUAAAGUGAGACAACUGAAUAACAAAGUGAAGGCGCUGGAGCGAGAGCUUCAGAACUCGAAUCCUCCCGACUCCUCAGGGGCUGAGCUGAAAGCCCCCCGCUCUGCAGAUGUAACGCCGACGGACAGCUCCGAGAUGAAAGCCUUACAGGAGAAGCUUGGCGCGGCCAACCUCAAACUGACCGAAUAUCGGAACCAGAUCCAGAGCACUAGGCAGGAGCUGAAGAUGGCGCACAAGGUAUUAACCAGUGAGAUUGGUGAAGAUGUGAACAUUUCUCAGCUGCUGUCCUCAGCGGGCGGCUGGAGGGGGCGAGCUCAACAGAUACUUGCAUUACAAGGCAGGGUGCGGGAGCUGGAGAGUCAGCUGGGACAGGUAAGGACUCCGGCCUCUGAGCUCAGCCUAGAAGAGGAGAUGUUCGGUAUUUCUGUACCAAGGAGACUCGCUGCUCAAGAAAAGAACUUAUUCAGGAUCCGCAGCGUGGAGAAAGAGAGGAAAGAAACCAUAGAGAGGUUAACAGGAGAACAUGACGCUCUAAAGAAAGAACACGAGGAGCUGAAAAAGAAGUUGGAUGCCACAAAGGCCAGAAACAAGUCUCUGUCUAAUGACCUGAAGACCCUGAAGAUGCAGAUGGUGACGCUGCUCGAUAAGGGGAAACACGACGACGAGCUGAUUGACGCUUUGCUGAGCCAGCAGAAGAACUUACAAGAGAUUUUAGGCCGUCUCAGCCAGCAGGAGCAGACGCACAAACAUUCCCAGCAAACCCUGAACCUGCAGGUGAACAGCGAGACCCAGAAGCAGAACUCCCUGGUGUCCCAGCUGACGCAAAUGGUGGCCGAGAGGGAGGCGAAGGUGAAGGAGCUGGAGCAGGAGGUGCGACAGCUGACGCUGAAGAGCCCCCCUGAAAGGCAGCUUAGAAGUAAAAGCUUUGACACCGAAAAGACAGCAGAAGGGAAGAGACCUGAGAGAUUGGCCCCUGUGCGGUCCCUGUCAGACAGCGGGGACUCCCUCAACUCAGCCAGGACGGUAUCAAAACUGGGACAUGAACUAGUAGAGCCAGCGCCAGUAAUCAGCACAGGAGCCUCACCUCGCAGCUCGGAGCUCCGGGUUUGGCAGACCCAGGCAGCAGAGUACAGAGCGCUGUGUCAGGCCGCAGAGGUGGAACGCGACCGCUUGUUGGAGUUUGUGUCACUUCUGCAGAAGAGGGUGGAGGAGAACAGCGCAAAGGUCCUGGAGGCCGAGAAGAAGCUUCAGGAGGAGAGGAAACGCUCGGUCCUGCUGGAACAGCAGCUGGAGAAGCUGAAAAUGGAGGCAGGCAGGAGCGGCACUACACAGAAGCUGUCUGCACGUGGCAAAGCCGCUCAGUCUCUCAGCAACUCCAGACACUUUCUGAAUGUCAACGAAAUGAGCGACCUCUCAUCCUACGUCCCAUUGGAGACACAGAUAGAGGAACUCCGGACAGAACUCGCCAUUCAAGUAGAUGAGAACGAAGCUCUGAAAACCACAUUAAAGAACGCCCUGAAGACCAAGGAGGACGACCUGCGGCUCUACCACGACAUGAUCACCCAGGUCAAGCAGAUCUUCCUGCAAGCUCUGCGGCAGCACAAGCAGGAGCGCAGCGCCCUCUAGUGUCCCAGAAGUAAUCUCUGCUGACACCUCUGUCCAUGUCAGGAACUGUCCAGAGUAGGAGCAAAUCCCCAUAGCCCCCCACAGAAAAGAACAACUCAACUUCAGCAGCUGAUAAGUACUGGUAGGAUUAUCUUUUUUUUUUUUGCUUUUACUCUAGAAUUGCCGCAAAAAUUAUGCAAAUUGUGGUAAAAAUGUGUCAAUUUUACAGCAAUUUUGUAAAAUCACAUUAAAGAGCAGCCAAAAUGCAGUAAAAAUUCAUUUGUUAGCACAGCCUAAAGAAGUCUUUUCCAAACAGU